ACAUUCAGUAAGAGCUAGUACUCAUUAGGUGUUUGGCGUUGCGUUCAACGUGUGUUGGUUUGGAAAGUAUGUUUACCGAUAGUAAAAGAAAAAAUCGCAAAUAAUUUUUUAAACGAAGGAAAAGUAACCUGGCAAGACAAUAUAAUUAAAUAUCAUUUUAACCAUUUUAAACUUUGCCUAUAGAAGAAACAAACCUUACCGGAUUUUUCACGCAGCGGAUUAUAGGAGGUGUGGAUGCGCCUAAGGGCUAUGCCCCCCAUAUGGUGGCUCUAGUGGGGGGUACCUUCUUCAUCUCCGUCGGAUGUGGCGGGUCCAUUAUCUCUACCAAGGUUGUCUUGACAGCUGCCCAUUGCAUUACAUUUUAUGUGGUUGAUGGGAAGAUAUCACCAAACUUCCACGGCAGAGUGGGCUCAAACCAAUGGAACUCUGGAGGAAUCGUUGUAGAGUUCUCAGACUACAAUAUCCACCCGAAUUACGACGCUAAAUACUUAAAAUAUGAUGUUGGGGUACUUUUACUAAAGGAGCAUUUGAAUUUAAACGAUAAGGUAGCGAUCAUAGCCUUGGACUACGAGAGGAUUGAUGGGAGACAUCAGAACUACGUCACGGGAUGGGGCGUUACUGGACCAAGAUACGAAGACAACGUAGUACACCUGGCGCCUACCCCUGAGGACCUGCAGCUGCUGUACGUAGAGACCAUCAGCUACGAGCAAUGCGCAAAGGACAUGCAUGCCGCGACCCUUGUGUGGGGCAGGGCUCCCCCCAUCAACCCUGAAGUGGAGAUCUGCACGCUCCACUCGCGCCGACAUGGCAUGUGUAAUGGUGACUCCGGCAGUGCGUUGGUAAGUAUAAAACAUGGCAGGCAGAUAGGCAUCGUGUCCUGGGGUUUCCCUUGCGCACUAGGAGUGCCAGACGUCUUCGUGAGGAUCAGUGGCGUGAAGCAUUAUUUGGACGAGAUCUUGAGGAGUUUAGCUUAGAUGUUCGUAACUAAGUUUAGAAGUAAGUUUAUUUUGUUUGUAAUGUUUUCGUUUUCAAAUUGUAGAUCUGCAUCGAAUAAAAGUUUAAUGUUUAA